CUGUUGAGAGGAGACCAUUGCCACACCCACUGGCAUCCUCCACAGUCUCAAAGGCAAGAGACGGCAUGUGUUAUCCAGUUCAUUUGGGGAUACAGUACAUAGUUCUGAAAUAGAUGGAAAUGCAACAGUUGCUGACUGUAGCCUGUAAAGAGGUGAAUGAAGCAAACAGAGGUUCUUCUUUGAGGUGAGUCCGGACUGCAGUGAAAGUGGAGUGUUCAUCAGACGAGGUUAAGGUAAACAAAGGCUCUACAGCACGGAAAUGGCAGAUAACAUUCUGCUGAUGCUUCUUUUCCUUCCUCUCAUAGCCAUGACCAGUGCAGAAGAACCAGAGAGCAGCUCCUGCUACCGGAUAGCACCUGCUACCUUGGCAGGCGUGGUUCUUGGUGACAUCGCACUCACGAUUUUCAUCGUUGGUGUCACGUAUUGCUGUGCCAGCAAGCGUAGGCAGCAGAAGGAAAACGCUGAUAAGGUCUACAUGAAUGUCAGGGCGAACUGCAAAGCAUGAGGAACCUGAGGAGGAUGUCGCUUCGACAGUAACUCUCACUUAUCUCACAUAUCAUUAAACCGAAUCACUGAUUCUGCGCGAGGCCCUCACAAACAACGGACAGACGUCUAAAGCACUGUGGACAUUACUAUUCAAGCCAGCUAAUACAAACAGUGCUGUAUGUAGGAUGAACACAGUCCUACACGAUUGGCUUUCCUGACCAAAGAUCAGGAGUCUGUGUGAGCACACUGGCAGAACAGUAAUUAAGUUUUAACAGGUUCAGUGAUGGUCUAGUUUGAACCAUGCCAGAAGAAGAUAGAUUAAGCAGUAACAAAUCAGAUCAAAUUACUUUUGUUGAUUUUCUAAAUGAAAAUGAGUUAACACAUCUACAGAGAACACACUUAACUAAGGCAUUUUCUGCUUAUUUUACUGCCUAUUUUCUAAUGAUUUGUCAAAUGUAAUGCACUGGAAAAAAUAAAUGUUUUAUGUUUAUGCAGCCAUCGUUUCAUGUUUAUGAAUAUGAAUAUGUUCAAUUCAGCAAACACACAGUAAUCGUGCAUUAACAUGUGCAGAAGUAUGUUCUCUGUAGCUUUCCCUUAGAUAUUCAACAAAACAUGGAAUUUGACUGGGGCGCUCAAACUUUUUAACACAACCGAGUAUCUGUAUCUCUAUAAAAUUAGUUGAAAUUUGUACAUUGUGUUUGAGACAUUUACAGAGAUAUUACAUUUAAUUGAUAUCGUGCUAUGAAUCCAAGGCUAUAUAAAUAUAGUUUAAUGAUAUUAAUGAAAAAAGGUUGAAUAACGGUUGUAUUAAGGUUGUAUAAGAGCCAAACUCAGCUAUUGGCUAUAAUGCAUUUUUUCAACAGAAGGCCUCAUACAUUGAAUCAUAUAUAGAGAAUUUAUUUUUUCAAUGUUACACUGUGUAUAUGACUUUUAACUGAAUUUAUAUUGUUGUAGAACAUACUUUUGAAUGCAUUACAUGUGGUACGGAAGCCUUGUAUAUUUACUUAUUGGUUACCAAUUGAUUCUUAACACUCUUUUCUCAACUGCUUUUCUUUUUUAAUAAUCUAAAUACAGUCUUUAAAGGGAAAUUCCACAGUUUUUCGAAUGUCUGCUGAAUUACAUAGUUAAGCUGUCACCAAAGUCAUGUACAGUGGUUUGGUGUGAAAGGCUCUGUUCUUAAGAAACUUACCAAGCCAGAAUUGUUCAUAGUGGUGGUUAUGGGAACCAGACGUCUGAAGAGUUUAAUGCCUCGAAAAGUUCCCUCACAGGAAGUUCUAUUACAUGAAAUGGUUAUGGAUACACUGCCUGAUCCCUGAGACACUGACUGCAUUUACAUGCGCUUAAUCGUCCGAUAAUUACAGAAAAUCAGAUUCUGUCAAUAAUCCAAUUUUGUUUUGUAAGCACUUGAGUAAUCAGAUAAUGAGGAAACGAAAGAAAUCAGAGUAAGAGUUCACAUGCACUGAGAAAUCUGAUCACUGAGCUAAAAUCCAGCCUCUUGAUUGGAUUUCUUAAUCACAUUUCUUGAUCCGAGUAUGGUGUUUACAAGACCAUUUGAAUAAUCGGAUGACUGCAGAAAUUGCAUUAUUGAGUGCAUGUAAAUGCACUCAUUUAACCAGUCAUGGCGGAGCAGCACAUAGAGGGUGUUAAAAGGAAGGGAAAUAGCCCUCCUUUUCCUAGAUUGAUCCCUAUUUUACCAUCAACAUUUCACAUAAAACUCAGACGUGUAGGUUCAGAGGUGGUGUUGGAUAGUUGAUAAAAUGGCGAUAUUAGUGUUGUAGACGCUGCAACGCCUGGUUACCAUCUUCACCACUAAAAAGAGUCUGUAAGUUGCUUCAAAAUGAAACAUUUCACAUCAAGCACUCCGACUUUAUUUACAGUGCUGUGUAAAAGUAUUUGCCUCUCUUUCUAUUUCUUCUAUUUUUGCAAUUGUCACGUUUUAAAGUUUCAAUCACCAAAUUUAGUACAAGAUAAAGACAACACAAUUAAACCCAAAAUGCAGGUUAUAAGUGAUCACUGCAUUUAUUGAAGAUAAAGAUUUAUUCAAAACCUUUACCACCACCCCUGUGAAAGAGUACCUGCCCCCGUGAACCUAAUUGUUGUGCCACCCUUGGCAGUAACAACUGCAAUCAAUCAUUUGCGAUACUUUCUGAUGAGUCGUUUACAUCAAUGUAGAGACAUUUUGGCCCACUUCUUUGCAGAGUUAUCUUAUGUCAGCUACACUGGAGGGCUUUUGAGCAUGAACUGCCUGUUAAAGGCCAGCAUGUCAGUGGGAUUCAAGUCAGGACUUUAACUUAGCUCCUCCAAAGCUUAAUUUUGUUUCUUUUGAGCCAUUGGUGGACCUUCUUGUAUGCUUCAAAUGACUGUCCAGGGUUUGUGCUUAGGUGGGUUAUUUUUGUCUAAUAUUAAAAGUGAUCUGAAGCAUUCAGGUGUGCCAAAUAUGCAAAAAAAUUGGGAUGAAAUUUGGAAGGAGUAUUGGGAAUUCUUUUUCACAGCACUGUACAUCUCGACAACCGAAUUGUGCAGAAAUUGUUCUUCAAAUGGUAAAUGUGGGUCCAACGGUGUCUCAACAGGCCGAAUGGGAGUUUUUUGACAAUGUCCUGUGAAGCAUCAACCGCAAACAAUGCUUCAAAAGAACAUUUCCAUGAGACGAGCAUGUAGAGGUCAAUUGGAAUGUCAACGCUGCGAAAAUGUAGCGGUUCAAAUGCAAAGCAAGAGCAUGGCCUGAUGGACCUGAGAAGAUGGUAGUUCAUGAUAAGAGUGUUUUAUUCAGUAUUAUUACCUGCUGUAGAAAGAGGAAGAGAGAGAGACGUUUUUUGGUUUUUUUUUGCAAAUCUUGUAAGUUUUUUGAUCUGGUGACCAUAAAAAUCCUAUGAACAA